UUUUUUUUUUUUGUCUUUUUCAUUUUUAUCGGUACCAAGGAUCGAACUCAUGACUGCCUGCUUGCAAGGCAGGCGCUUAUGCCGCUGAGCUAAAUCCCCAGCCCCCGGUCUCAGCAAUUUGAUGAGACCCUGUCUCAAAACAAAAAGGGAUGAGUUUAUAGGUAAGUGUGAAAGCCCUGCAUUCAACCUUAAGUACACCCCCCCCAAAAAAACCCCAAAACUGGAUGGAUAGUGUGUGUGUGUGUGUGUGUGUGUGUGUGUGUGUGUAUGUGUUUUGGUACCAGGGAUCGAACUGAUGACUUCACACUUGCCAGGCAGGCGCUAUGCCACUGAGCUAAAGCCCUGACUGGUGUGUUUUUCAAAAAGCAGUGGCCAAAUUUAUUUGAGAAAGUAAAAGUGAGGAGUCGGGAAGACACUGGCUCGGCAGGAGUGAGCUUGGGCAGAGGAAAAAAGCAAGGUAGAACACUGGAGAAAUCAGGGUACAUGAUAGCUCUGUGUGUGUGUGUGUGUGUGUGUGUUAAGAUAGAUACCAAUUUCAAAAAACAUCUCACAGAUGCUUUAAAAGUACUUUUUCCAUGUUGAUUUUUAUAGAUGCUUACUUUUCAACCCUUUUUCUUUUUCUUUUCUUUCUUUUUUUAGGGGGAGGGGGACAGGAUCUUACUAUUGCUAUGUAGCACAGCCUCAGCCCCCUGAGUGCAAGGAUGAUAGGUUUGUACUACCACGCCUGGCUUUAAGCCCAUUUAGUUGUGUGUCAUUGAUAAUCUUGUAUUUGUAUUUGUGGCCACUGGUAGUAGCAGUUCUUGUAAACUCAACUGGCCCUUGAAAUUUCUUGCCCUCGGAUCACCCAGACUUUACUUAGCUAAAUAGCCUAAAAUGGUGUAGAGUUGAGUUUCCCUCCCUGCCAUACAUAGCUUUGCUCCCCUCUCCUCCCCUCCCCUCCCCUCCCCUUCCCUUCCCUCCCUUUCUCUACCUAACCUUUCCUCCUGUUUCUCUUGCACAGGAAAAUGGCUCUGGCCUGCCUCUGUGGGAUGUCUCUGUUAGUGCCCUCGCUCUGCUGGAGUUUUUACCUCACCUUAGAAACAGUCCUACAUUUGCUCAUCUUACAAAAACUUCACCUGGCUUAUCUUGCUCUUCACCAUUCCUUUUUUUUUUUAGCUCACUUGUUCCUAAAUCUGGUAUUUCCCCAACUCGGAAAACUUGCACAGCAUAUCCAUGGGCGUGUCAUAAAAAUGCUGUCUGUGUCACAGCCUUCUUUGUCUUCUGUGGUGGGUUGUCCCUCAAGGUCAGUCCUCUGUCCUUUCUUCUCUAGAAUCUUUCUCCCUAGUUUGGUGUCCCUUGCCACGACCCCCCGUCUUCUAGUUGCUCAUUUGGCAUUUGCAGUGGCACCUGGAUGUUUGAAGAAUCUCAACAUGGCUGAAGCCAAAUGUCUCUGACUAUCAUAGUUGCCCAGUACUAUUGUGUCAUUAAAAAAUCCAGAACCCCUAAAAUAAUUCUUGUCUCCUGUUUUCUUUCAGUUAAUGGCAUCAUCAUUUCCCCAGGCUCAUUCUUCUGUGUUCCGUAAAGCAAAGUGUUAUGCCUUAAUAUGAAUACUCUUUGGUCAAAGACAACACUGAUUAAAUAAUUGACUGAAUAGUUUCCAACUACAUAAAAUUUUCUGCAUCCCAUAACUCAGGUGAUUGUUUUUGAGAUUGCAUGUCAGGCUAUAUGCUUCAAAGCCAUGCAGUUUCAUUGAAGUAUUCUUCCUUUUGAAUAAAACAUCAUUUUAAGACACCUGGACUUUAUAAAAUAUUGUUUGGAAAAAUAAUCUGACAGGAUCUUUAAUAUAGCAUUUAAUCUGUAAUAUUUUGACUAUGUAUGCUAUUUGUACUUUUGUCUUUUCUAAACUGUGAAUACAGAGACAGGGUAUCACUUUGUCCACAGGUGGUGCCUGGCAUUCGAUCUCUCAGAACCAAUUAUCUCAGUUAUUGGAUGCAGAAAAUUUUACAUAGUUGGAAACUAUUCAGAGUCAGUUAUUUAAUCAAUGUUGUCUUUGACCAAUGAGUAUUCAUAUUAAGGUAUACCUAUCUUGUUAAGACACCAAAUCAAACCCAGGCACUGAGUAAUCCCUAUCCCCCACCCCUUAUCUGAUUUGGAAUAUGGCUAGCCUGUUCUUAUUCCUGUGAGAUUAUUUUUCUAAACAAUAUUUUAUAAAGUCCAAGUGUCUUAAAAUGGUGUUUUAUUGAAAGGGACAUAUAUGUCAAUGAAACUGCAUGGCCUUGAAGCAUGUAGCCAUUAGGCUUUAUACAAUAUUUCAAAAUUAUUUCUGCCUUGUUUAAUCACAAGUAACCACUAUCCUAAUAUUUAUAUGCCAAAGCAAGAUCAGUGCUUGCUUUGUGUGUUUAAAUGGUUUCAUACUGUGGGCGUCAUUUUAUCCAUUUUCACCAAAUAGUGUGUUUUUGUGGUUUCUUCAUGUUCUUUGUGGAUCUAGUUCAUUGGUUCUCAAAAUUGGUGCACCAGGGAUUCCUGGGGAUCUCUUACCAUUCUUGUAGGUGGUCCAUGAGAUCAAAACAAUUCCUAAUUGUGGUAUUCACCAUUUUACCUGUACAUUGUACAAGUACUGUGCAGAGGCUCUAUGACACGUGGUGUCAUAAUUGACUGAAUGCAGAAGCAAAGGGAUCUUUCUGACCUCUAUUAAGCCACACAGUAAAGAGAUUUGCAAAAAAUGUAAAAAAGUGCCACUGUCUUUGCUCAUUUUUGUUUUUGUGUGUGUGGGGAGACAGGAUCUUUCUAUGUAAUUCAGGCUGGCCUUGAAUUCACUAUGUAGCCCAGGCUGGCCUCAAUCUCAUGAUGAGCUUCUCAUGAUGAUCAUCACCUCAGUAUCCUAGGUGCUGAGAUUUUUUUUUUGGCCUUUAAAAAUAGUUAAUUUUUUUAAGGUAAAUGUUCAUGUUUAUUCAUAUAAUAAAUUUAAAAAACCAAAGUUAAUAUUUUUAAAUGCCUCCAUUUAAUUUUUUUAAAUGAUAAAUACCUGUAAUAGAUAUGGGUUACAUAAUAUACUCCAUAUGGUCCUGAGAUUUUUGAGUUUAAAGGGAUCCUGAAACCCAACAAGUUUGAAAACCAUUGAUCUGGUUCAUCCACAUUACUUGUAUUUUGUUUUAUUUUUUGCGACAGGGUCUCACCAUGUUCAGAGUGACCUUGAACUCACUGUGUAUCCUAGAUUGGCUUCAAAUUUGUGAUCCUUUUGCCUCAGCCUCCCAAGUGCUGGGAUUACAGGCUUGUGCCACCAUGCUCAGCUCUGUCUAGAUGAUGAUGAUGAUGAUUAUUAUUAUUAUUUUGGUCUUUUUUGAGACAGGAUUUCACUAUACAAUUCACUUUGUAUCCUAGGCUGGCCUCUAACUCACAGCAGUUCUGCCUCAUCCUCCUGAGUGUUAGAACAGGCAUGCGCCACCAUGCCUGGCUGUUACUAUUUUUUGAGAUGGGAUCUCACUAUAUAGUUUAGGCUGACCUUAAACUCAGUAUGUAGCCUAGACUGCCUGUAAACUCAUGGUGAUCCUCCUGCCUCAGCCUCUCAAGUGCUGGGAUUAUAGGUAUGUACCACCAUGCCUGGCGUAUUACUUACAUUUUUUGGGGAGGGGUACCCGGGAUCAAACUCUGGACCUUGCUCUUGCUAGGCUGGCACUGUGCCACUGAGCUACAUCCCCAUCCCCUAUUACUUGUGUUUUAAUGUAGAAACAUACUGUGUGCCUUAUUAACAUGUGUACAAUGGGGCCUACAAGCAUUAUCCCAUCAGAUGGCUUGUACCAGUAGUGGUACACGCAUAAUUGUUUACUGGACAGGUUGUACCACCUGAUGGGACUAUUCCAUGCUCUUGAAUGCUCUUGACUGUCAUGCAUGUACUAGUAGGGGUGCAAGCCUGUGGGAUCGUGUUCUUUCCUGUGGAGGAACCAUUAAGCUGUUUGCAUUUUUGCCACAGUUUCAAACUACUAUUGUGAAUAUUCUUAUACAGGGUUCUUCACUCUUGGGAUUAUAGCAGAAUUUGCUGUGUUUAAGUCUGUGCAUUGUCAGCUUUACUGGGAAUUGCCACAAUGCCAGAUUUCAUUCCAUUUGACACUCCCACCAGCUGUGUCUGAGCCUGUUUCCCCAAUCAUUGCCAAAAGAUUAGAUUUUGCAAGUUUUCCCCAUCUGUUGGAUAUAAGUGCUAUCUCUUUGCAGUUUUCAUUUUGCAUUGCUUAGAUUAUUCUUGAGGUUGAUCUUUGUUUCCCACAUUAUUUAUUGGCCAUUUGAGUUUUCUGCGUAACCCUUGUACAUAAUCUUUGGUCCAUUUUUUCAGGUUGGAUUGCUGUCUUUCUUAAUGGUUUAUGGAUAUUUUCAUACUCUGGAUAGUAGUGUUUUAUAGUUAUAUGCACUGAAAAUAUCCUCAUAUGUGGCUCGUCUUUGGGCAUUUAUGGAAUUUGUGCAGUACUUCUUAAUGUGAUAGUAGCCAGUUUGCUGUUUUUUGUUUUUUUCAUUUAUGGUUUGUUUUCCUGUGCCUUCAAGAAAUUCUUCAUUUACUCCCAGGUAAUGAUGAUACUGUGCUUUUUAAAUAUUUAGGUAAUUAAUUCAUCUGGAUUUUUUUCUUUGUUGUGUGAUGUAGUUUUAAUGUUUUUUGCAUAGACUUAUCAAAUAGUUGAGUCUCUCAAGGUUGCCUCAGCCUUCCAAAUGCUGGGAUUACAGGCAUAUACCAUUAUACCCAGCAGUUGAAUAGUUUUGAGUAGAGAAGUAACUUGACGUUUUAGGAAUACUCUACCAAAUUUUUAAUCUCUAUAUUUUUAUAUACAUACAAGAUAGGAUAAAAAUCUGUGUAAGUCUGAAAGCAUUGUCUUGAUAAAUCUAAAAUGAAAAUCCUAGAUAUUAAGGAAGUACGGAACAGCUUAAUUGAUGUUUUUUCUUAGUUGUGUAUAAAAUAAAGGUGUGUUUUACAAUUGGUAGUUCGUUGACCUAUGGGAGUAAGAUCAAUUUAUAAUUCUUUGUAUUUGCUAAUUAGCAUAUCUGUGAACAAUAUGGUUUCAUUUCUUUUCCAUUGCUUUCUGCCUCUUCGUUUCUUGUUCUGUCUAACUGCAUUCACUGACCCCAGAGCAUGGAUGAUUGGUAUGCAGGUCUAGGUACUUUGAGUACUUCUAAGGUUUUUAUUAUUAAGUGUACUGUUGUUAGUAGGCUUUCAGGUGGUUGGAUAUUAUUAUUAUUUUUUUAGUUCUUGUAGCAUUUUAGAGUUUUUACCACAAAUAAGAAUUGAUUUUUUCUACAGUUUCUACUGUACCUACUAGUGUGAUAAAACACAUUAAUAGAUUUUCUACCUUAAAUUAUUUUUGAAUGUCCUGGAUAUUUGCGUUCCUUUGUUAUUGCCAUGUACUUUUCUUUUUUCGCAUGGUCUUUGUCCCCCGCCACUCCCCGGGCAUUGCACACUAGGGCUUUGCACUGAGUGACAUCCCCAGGUCCUACAGAGUCUCCUUAAAUUGCCUAGGCUGGACUUAAACUUGUGAUCCUCUUGCCGUGUUUUGAUGACAAGAUUAUGUUAGCUUCAUGAGUGUUUUUAAAAAAUUUAUUUUUUGAGAUGGGGUCUUGCCGUGUUGCCCAGGUUGGCUCAGAACUCCUGGACUCUCUCCAGGUGUGUGUCACAGUGCCCACAAACUUCAUAGACAGAUAUGAGAGUAUCUUUUUUUGAAAUGUCUGUUUAAUAGAGAUGCUUUGUUUAUUAAAAGUUAGAUGGUUUCCAUCUAUGAACUGUCUAUACUUGGUUUCUUUUAUGUGAGAUUUUUAAAAAAUUUAGUAAUAGUUUUUGAAAUGGGGCACCUUUUUUGCUUUUCUUGAGAUUUUGUCAUUUAUGCAAAAUGAACAAUUUCCUAGAAAAAUACAAAAUUUCGAACAUAUUGGUAUAUGCUCACGUCCACAUGUAUGCACACACAUACACGCAUGCACACACAUUUUUAAAUUUGGAGACAGACAGGGUCUCACUAUGUAAUUCACACUGGGCUUGAACUCAUUAUGUAGCCCAGGCUGGCCUUGAAGUCUCAGCAGUCCUGCCUCCCGUGCUGGCAUUACAAGUGUGAGCCACCGUGCCUGGUGAAUUCUUUGUAUGUUUUUCUUAUCAGUUGUGGUUUCUAUCAAGAUGUCCCUGGAGAGCUUCAUGUGGGCUUUUGGAAGUUGAUUGGUUGGUUUAUGGGAUUUGGUAGCUAACCCGCUGUUAGAAGUGUGGCGGGAAGAGGCGGGACACUGGGGGCGUGGCCUGGACCUUUUUCUUCCCGGGCUCCGUUCGACUCGCCCCUUCGAGAGCUGCCGUUUCAGCUAGCAGCUCUCCUCCUCGCUUUCCUGCCACGGCACCCUGCCUUAGAGCCCGCCAGCUGGGGACUACGAACUGAACCGUGAGCCAAAUACACCUUUACUUCUUUAAAUUGUGGGUGUAGGAAAGUAAGACGUUGGGAUUUUGCAUUUGUAUUAUAAGAAAACUUUUUUAAUCUGGCGUAGUGGCGCGCGCUUAUGAUCCCCGUGCACGGAGCAGAAGAUGGCAAGUUCGAGCCUAGACUAGGCAGAUUGGCCCGAAUCUGACUCCAUGAAACCAGUUAAAAAGGUCGGGGUAACUCAGAGCAAAGGCCGUGAGUUCAAUUUCCAGUGCCACAAAUAAAAAGAAAACUUUUGCCUGUAAUUAGUUUUAUACUGUCACAUUCUGUGACUUCUAUCGAUACUAGUUUUUCGGUUGAUUUUCUUCCAUUUCCUAGACAUACUGUGUCAUACGCAAUUAAGUUUAACUUUUUCCAAAUAAUAAUUAUAUCCUACCUAAAUCCAUUGGUUAGCAGUUCUUAUAUAAUUUUAAGUACUAAUAGUGUUACGGGCAUUCAUGUCUUAAUUUUGAUGUUAGAGGGAAUACUUCUAGUGUUUUACUUUCAAUUUAAUAUGUGCCUUUUUGUUACAAGAUUUAAUGAUAUCUCUCUCUUGUUCUAGAACACAUGUUCUCACAGGAGCUCGUUUAAGAUUGAUAUACUUGGGCCGGGGAUUUAGCUCAGCAGCGUAAGUCCCUGUCUAGCGAGCGUGGGACCGUGAGUUCUAUCCCCGGUACAAAAAAAAAAAAUUGAUAUACUUGUAUAUUAAAGCAGCUUUAUUGAAAUAAGGCUGUUUUUAAGUCUACCCUUUAAAAAUAUACAGUUCAGUAGUUUUUAUUAGAUUCAGUGUUGUGCAGCGAUUGCUAUUAAUUUUAGAACAUUUUCCUUGUACCCAAAAGAAGCCCUGUGCCCUCUUCCCUCUUGUCCUCAAACCGUGGUGGCCACUGAUCUGCAAAGGUGCAGUAGAUACGUUGCUGUUUGGUGUUUCACGUAAGUGAAUCUGUCACAUGUGGUCUCCUGUGCCUGGCAUCUUUCACUUAGCAUAUUUUCAUGGGUCAUCCAAUGUCGUAGCAUGUAUCGGUGUUUCAUUCCUAUUCUGUGAAGAAAAUAUUCCACUUUGAAUAGCUUAUUUUAAAUAAAAAAAUAGUUGUUGAAUUUCAGCUUUGCAACGUCUAUUGAGAAGAUCAGGGUUUCCUUUCCAACAUGUUUAUAUUGGUCUUUACUUGCCUCCACUCUUAGCUCUAGAAUAAUGAUAACUGCAUCAGGGUUUCUAUGUGUGUACUGGGGUGUGUAUUAUUUUGUGUAUGAUUGAUCAUAUUUGCAAAUACUUGGAAUUCAUAACUAACUAUCUUUGUAGUUGUGUUAAAUUAUUUGUGUUAAAUUUUGUGUUAAAGGGGCUGGGGAUUUAGCUCAGCGGCAUAAGCGCCUGCCUUGCAAGCAGGCAGUCGUGAGUUCAAUCCCCGGUACCGAUAAAAAGGAAAAAGACAAAAAAAAAAAAAAAAGAAAGAAAGAAAGAUAAAUUUUGUGUUAAAAGUUAAAUUAGUUUUAUAAAAAGGAAUUGAGAAAGUUACGCUCUGACACAGUUCAGAUAGCUUUGGGAAAAGUUUUAAAAUUUCAGCAUAAUCGGUCUUUCCAUCACCUACUGACUUAAUGGUGGUAAUUUACUUUUUCCCUCAAGGUACUAGCAUAGAGUGUGGUGGCCCAAGCUCACCUUGAAUUGUCAUCCUCCUGGUUGCUGGGAUUAUAGUGUACUAUCACUCCCAGCUUUAAAUUUUUGAAACCUUUUUCUGUGUUUUUUCUUUUCUUUCUUUUUUCCCUCCCUCCUUUAUCAUCUUCUCAUUCUACUGAAAGAAAGCUGGGCAUAUGUAAUCCAAAACUGAAAAAUCCAGAAAUUCUAAUCCACUGUCAGAAAUAUUUCUUAGUAUAGAGACAUUAUUUAUUGAGAAGGGUUUUGAUGGAAGCACUUGCUAGAUUAACAACUAUAGGAAUGACCAUUUUAGAACUGAAUUAAAUGUCCACUUCUGAAAAAGAUGGCAGGUGCAAGAAAAAGGAAAAAUGUAAGAAUAGUCUCUGAUAAUACCAGCCUUUCUUUAUCAUGUACUGCAUUUGACAGAAAUUAACCUUUUAAAAAUUUUACCUGUGACAGUUUUAUUCCAUGUACAAUGUAGUUUAAAUUGAUCUUCAUUUCGUACUAUAUCAAAACACUUAUCUUCAUCCUUUGAUCACACCAAGUGUUUCACGUACUCCACUGCAGUACAACUGCACCUAAAUGCAGAAUAUUUCAUUAGAGGAAACACGUGAAUAGGAUUUCUUUUCAUAAUUUCGGCAAAAGCAAAUAAGCGGGUUUUUUAAAGAAAUUCACCUCAAAGUCAAAGAGUGAUCCAAAGAGUUGAGUAAUACUCAUCUUAUUGUGACUUAUAGUAGAGUGUUAUGGAUAAAAUAUUGCAUGUAUCUAAAUGGCAAUAUUUUAUUAAGGAAGCUGUACUGCUUUAUAGGUUUGAAGAUACGUUAAAAAACUUACGAAUUUCCUAAAAUCAAGCUAGUCUUAAAGACAAAAGCAUUUAGCCAGGCUAGGUGGUACAGGCCUGUCUCAGCUCUGGGAAGCCGAGGAAGGAAGAUGGCCUGAGGCAGAAGGAUCUGGAGAGUUUGAGGCCAGCCUGGGCUAUAUAAGUGAGUUUGUCUCCAACCCCCCUCCCCCCAAAAACAAGAUGAAAGCAUUUGAAAAAUAGUGUAGUGGUUCAUCAGAACAACUGAGUUCAGAGGGUAUUUUGGCAUCUCUUAAUCUGAGCAGGAAUAGAGGUUUGGGAAAAAUAAGGCCUUCAGGUUUGUUAUUUUGGGGCCAAAUUUUAACAGCUUGCGAAAGGUUGAACUCUCAGACUUUAAACAGACAAAAUGUUGAGAUGAUCAGUGUGCUCAGUGAUUUUUGUGGAAAAACUCAUUUGUAACAAAAACUUGGCAAUGAAUUUUUGAGUAACGUAUACAAAAGUUCUAAGUAGGACACAGCUAAGGAAGGACAGGCUCUGGCAUUUGCAACAGCAGACAGUGUCUGUUUUUGUUUUCCACACAGGGAGUGGGAAGAUUAUUUGAAAAUAAAGUAUUCUAUUCUUAGGGAGUGGGACUUGAGUUACAGCUAUUAGAUUAGUAUUAUUAAUUGUAUACAUCUUCCCAGAAUACUUGAUAGAAGUUGUCAACUAUGGUGGGCUACUUUGCCUUUCUCUUGAAAUCACAUUGAGAAAAAUAUAAAAAAUCAACAGAAAUAAGAAAUCCUGAGAGUUAUGUAUUCACUAUCAGAAUAUGAUGAAUUUAUGGUCAAAUAAAGUAAUUUGUAAUCAAUUAGUGGCAAAACCAGAGAGAACUUUAGUGAAUCUGUGGACCUAUAGAGACAGUAGAAAUGACCAUCCAAAAAUUGACAUUUUGCAGUAUCCCCAGUGUCAGAAGAAGGAAUAAGCUCUGGGCACAGCUGGAUAAAAUGUGGAAAGCUAAACCAUUUGCCAUUUGCACAGUUGUCCCUAGUGGUUUUCCUGCCAGGAUAAUGGCCUCAAUUCACCCCUCUGAGCUGUGUGCUUGUCCAUAUGGAAUUCCAGAAUGGGUGCUGUAGCAGAAAAAGCAGGGCAGCACCAGAGAUGGUGGGCAGCACCCUAGAUGGCCUGCAGCUGUCCUGCAGGGUGGUGAGCUGCUUCUAGGUUGGGAUGCCUAGUUUCGUUGCAGUCACUGAGGUUGUAGCACAGUGUGGAGGCCUGGGUUCAAUCACAAGUACCACUACCAAGAAAAGGGGUCACUGCUCACCUAAAUCUAGUUAAAAGUGAUUGGGCCACUCAGGGCUAUUUUCAUGCCCAAGGGAUCAGGAAAUACAAAAGUGAGAGGGAAUGGUGACUGGGGUAGCAAUUGGGAGAUUCCUAAAAAGGGACGGUGAGGUAAUUAGCAAGAUCUGGCCACCUGACUGGACAUAAGUGGGGAAGAAAGAAAAGCCCAUAGUGGUCACAUUAGGAGAAAGUCAGGUUUUAUCCAGAUGAAAGUGCAGGACUCAGCAGACAGUCUGGUGGAGGUGGCAGGUGUCAUCAUGAGUACUGAAAGGGAACUUUGUGACUCAGUUUUGUGGAAAUAGUAGUUGAAACCAAGGGAAUAGAAAGCUGACUAGAAGAGGACCCAGUACACAGAUUGGGGAAGGCUUUGAAAAGGUAAGGCAAGUACUUCAGAGGGUGGGAGUGGGAAGCAAACUAGGGUGUUGGUAAAGAAUUGGAGGAAGGGGAGAAUUUAAGAAAGAACAAGGGGUAGCAAAAGCCAAGAAAAACAACUAUUCUGUAGGUUGAGAAUUUUUGGAGCUGAUAGGAUUGGGUUUAUAUAUGGAAAUUCAAGGAGGUGAGGCUUAAAUACCUUAACAAACCCCCUUUAUUGUCAGUUUAGUUGGCUUAAAUUUAAUGUAGUAUUUCAUUAUGUUUAGAAGAUUAAUUUAUGCAUUUUUUUUCUUUUUGAGACAGGCUAGUGUCAAACUCAUAAUGAUCCUCCUCCUCAGCCUCCUGAGUGUGGGAUUACAGACAUGUGCCACCAUGGCCAGCUUUAUAUGUAUCAUUUUUGUUGUUGUUAUUAUUAUUAUUUAGUACCAGGGAUCAAACUCAGGACCUCAUGCUUGCCAGGCAAAGCGCUUACAUCGCUGAGCGAAAUAUCCAGCCUAUACAUUUUUUUUAAUUGAUACCGGGGAUCAAACUCAUGUGCUUAUGCUGCUGAGCUAUAUCCCUAGCCCCCAGCCUAUACAUUUUUAAAGAGGCAAAAUAAUUUUAUAGACAGGUGAGUUCAGUAGGGAGAGGGCCUUGACAGCUUAUUCAGAGCAUUUACACUUUUGUGUUUCAUGUUUGAACAAUUUUUUGUUCAUUAACCUAGCCAUUAUUUGCUUUAAUUUGAAUCAGUUUUGUUUUAUUUUUGGUGCCAGGAACCGAACUCGGGGCCUCACACUUGCCAGGCAGGUGCUAUGUCACUGAACUAUAUCCAUGGUAGAGCAGUUUGAAUAAAUAACAUGAAACAUGCUACUUCUUGAGAAUGAAAAGAACUUUCAUAGCUAACAUGUUGAAAUUCCAUUUAUUAUUUAUUAUACAAAUGCUGAGAUUCUUAUAGGAACAUGGAGCAUUUUUGUUUGGCUGAAUCGUGCAUGAGUGAUGCGUGGUGGUGGAGGGAGGUGUUUGCAGAAAUUGUGGGUGAUGCAGUGAUCAAACCGUAGUUUGGAGCCAAAAUGAAUUUUUAUUUGGAGGUGGCAGAAAGCCAUGAACAUUUUGAACAGGGAAAUGAUGUCUCAGCUAAUACUUUAGAAAAAUGACAGAUUUGUUAUUUGAAAUUUCAAUAAGCAUGUGAUCCUUACAUGAAUUGCAAAAAAUAUUAAAGAUGAAAGAUGCAUCUAACAGUUUUGGUUGGGUUGGAUUAGAAAAUGAGAAAGUAGAGGGAAACCAAUGACAGGGUAUACAGCACUAGAAGCGUGAGCAAAUGUAAUCCCUGAUGCCUGUUCUUGAAAUAAUAAUUAAAUAGUGUUAAGUAAUACAUUAUUUUAUUACUUAAGAGUUUUAGGGAUCUUUAUGUUUGGUAGUACUGGCAAUAGAAACCCAGGACCUUUAUACUAAAAGCAAUACAUCCACCCCUUUCUUAAAAUUUGUUGUAUUGACACUGGCUCUCACUAAAUUACUUAGGCUGGAUUUGAACUUGCUAUAUCCUUCUGCCACAGUCUCCCAGAGUGCUAGGAUUACAGGCAUGCACCACCACAUUGGCUAAGGUUCUUUAUUGUAAGUUUUAUUGUUAUGUGUUAUGGUUUUUAUUGAAAGUUUUUAGUUUAAGUAGAAAAGAAUAAUAUCAUUGGGAUGUUGUGCAGAAAUCCAAAGCCGGAAGAUAAGUGGGCCUCGGAAAAGUAUAGAAUCAGGAGCCAAAAAAGCUGUUGGAGCUGUGUGUGACUGAUGAGAAUUAAAGGCCAUGGAUGAAGAUGGACUUGAAUUACAACCACAAGAGCCAAACUCAUUUUUUGAUGCAACAGGAGCUGAUGCUGCACACAUGGAUGGUGAUCAAAUUGUUGUGGAAGUACAAGAAACUGUUUUUGUGUCAGAUGUUGUGGAUUCGGACAUAACUGUGCAUAAUUUUGUUCCUGAUGACCCAGACUCUGUGGUCAUCCAAGAUGUUAUUGAGGACGUUGUUAUAGAAGAUGUUCAGUGUCCAGAUAUCAUGGGAGAAGCAGAUGUUUCUGAAACGGUCAUCAUUCCUGAACAAGUGCUGGACUCAGAUGUAACUGAAGAAGUUUCUUUAGCACAUUGCACAGUUCCAGAUGAUGUCUUAGCCUCUGACAUUACAUCCGCCUCCAUGUCUAUGCCAGAACACGUCUUGACCAGUGAAUCUAUACAUGUGUCUGAUGUUGGACAUGUUGAGCGUGUGGUUCAUGAUAGUGUCGUAGAGGCAGAAAUUGUCACUGAUCCUCUGACCACUGAUGUAGUUUCAGAAGAAGUAUUGGUAGCAGACUGUGCCUCUGAAGCAGUCAUAGAUGCCAAUGGGAUCCCUGUGGACCAACAAGAUGACGACAAAAGCAACUGUGAGGACUACCUUAUGAUCUCCUUGGAUGAUGCUGGCAAAAUUGAACAUGAUGGUUCAUCUGGAAUGAACAUGGAUGCGGAGUCAGAAAUUGAUCCUUGUAAAGUGGAUGGCAAUUGUCCAGAAGUCAUCAAGGUGUACAUUUUUAAAGCUGACCCCGGAGAGGAUGACUUAGGUGGAACCGUAGACAUUGUGGAGAGUGAGCCUGAAAAUGACCAUGGAGUGGAGCUCCUUGACCAGAACAACAGUAUACGUGUUCCCAGGGAAAAGAUGGUUUAUAUGACCGUCAAUGACUCUCAGCAAGAAGACGAAGAUUUAAAUGUUGCUGAAAUUGCCGAUGAAGUCUACAUGGAAGUGAUUGUAGGAGAGGAGGAUGCGGCAGCAGCUGCGGCGGCGGCUGCUGCACAUGAACAACAAAUGGAUGACAGUGAAAUCAAAACCUUUAUGCCAAUCGCUUGGGCAGCCGCUUAUGGUAAUAAUUCUGAUGGAAUUGAAAACCGGAAUGGCACUGCAAGUGCCCUCUUGCACAUAGAUGAGUCUGCUGGCCUGGGCAGACUGGCUAAACAAAAACCAAAGAAAAGGAGAAGACCUGAUUCAAGGCAGUACCAAACAGCAAUAAUUAUUGGCCCUGAUGGACAUCCUUUGACUGUCUACCCUUGCAUGAUCUGUGGAAAGAAGUUUAAGUCAAGAGGUUUCUUGAAAAGGCACAUGAAAAACCAUCCUGAACACCUUGCCAAGAAGAAAUACCGCUGUACUGACUGUGAUUACACUACCAACAAGAAGAUAAGUUUACACAAUCAUCUGGAGAGCCACAAGCUGACCAGCAAGGCAGAGAAAGCCAUCGAAUGCGAUGAGUGUGGGAAACAUUUCUCUCAUGCUGGGGCUUUGUUUACUCACAAAAUGGUGCAUAAGGAAAAAGCCAACAAAAUGCACAAGUGUAAAUUUUGUGAAUAUGAGACAGCUGAACAAGGGUUAUUGAAUCGCCACCUUUUGGCGGUCCACAGCAAGAACUUUCCUCAUAUUUGUGUAGAGUGUGGUAAAGGUUUUCGCCACCCAUCAGAGCUCAAAAAGCACAUGCGAAUCCAUACCGGGGAGAAGCCGUACCAAUGCCAGUACUGCGAAUAUCGGUCUGCAGACUCUUCUAACUUGAAAACACAUGUAAAGACUAAGCAUAGUAAAGAGAUGCCAUUCAAGUGUGACAUUUGUUUUCUGACUUUCUCAGAUACCAAAGAGGUGCAGCAACAUGCUCUUAUCCACCAAGAAAGCAAAACACACCAGUGUUUGCAUUGUGACCACAAAAGUUCGAACUCAAGUGAUUUAAAACGACACAUAAUUUCAGUUCACACGAAAGACUACCCCCAUAAGUGUGACAUGUGUGAUAAAGGCUUUCAUAGGCCUUCAGAACUCAAGAAACACGUGGCUGCCCACAAGGGUAAAAAAAUGCACCAGUGUAGACAUUGUGACUUUAAGAUUGCAGAUCCAUUUGUGCUAAGUCGCCAUAUUCUCUCAGUUCACACUAAGGAUCUUCCAUUUAGAUGUAAGAGAUGUAGAAAGGGGUUUAGGCAGCAGAAUGAGCUUAAAAAGCAUAUGAAGACACACAGUGGCCGGAAAGUGUAUCAGUGUGAGUAUUGUGAGUAUAGCACUACAGAUGCCUCAGGCUUUAAGCGACAUGUUAUUUCCAUUCAUACAAAGGACUAUCCUCACCGGUGUGAGUACUGCAAGAAAGGGUUCCGAAGACCUUCAGAGAAGAACCAGCACAUAAUGCGUCAUCAUAAAGAAGUUGGCCUGCCCUAACAAUACUUCUACAGAUAAUUGUAGAGAUACUGGCCUUGACACAAGAAAUUCAUUUUAAAGCCAAUCAGUCUAGUUCACAUACAAUACUGUAUAUUGAUUUAUGCUGUGUACAAAUAGAAUUGUUACUUCUAGUUAACUUUUUUUUUUUUACAUUUUGUUCAGUAGUGUGUUCUGAAUUCUAUUCAGUUUGUUUAAUAAAUGGGGAAAAGUAGCAACAAGCUAGUUGCUUUUAAUAAAGUAAUCCCUGAUUCUAUACUGAAUUUUUCUAUCUUAGAAGUUUUAUAUUUAUUUAAAUAUUUACCUUGCUUACCUUGAUGGUACUCUUCUAAGACCAUUUAACUUAAGGUAACUUUAGAUUGGUUACUCUGAAAGUGUUGACUCAUUUUUUCCCCCAUAAAUUUCUCACAAUAAAAUUGUCAGAGGUAUCUUAAUAUGAAUGGGAGAUUUUAUGGUCAGGUCUCAUGAUCAUAACAUGGAAGUUACUUACUUAUCUUGAUUAGUGCUUUCAGACCAUGCAACGAGGGGAGUUUGUAUUUGAGCUUUUGUGUCCCUGGCAUCGCUGAGUAAAGAGCAGUGGCUGGGCUUGUGUUUACUUUUUGUUUUGUUUAGCAACAAAAUAUACUUCUUUUUGCUUUCUCUGGACUACCUACAUCUUUUGUCAGCGUAGCAAACUUUAGGAAAGCUUUGUUGGACAAUUUUUGCGUGAUCCUGUUGUAUUUUGAUUAUUCUGUCUGUGCUGCUUUGUCUGGAAUGGUUGGUUGUGUGCUGCAAGUGAAAUUUACUGAGGAUUGCAUUUUGGAAUCUUAGAGGUGACUCGUGGCUCAUAGGAUCUUUUGCAACUUUAUAUAUGUAAAUGUACUCUUGACUUAUAUAUAUACACAUAUAUAUAUAUAACAUGUAUCUGUGUGUAUUGCUUAUUUUACAUAUUUAUACACACAACCCCAAGUAGUAGUUGUUUAAAAUCUAUAAUGAAAAGUAUUAAAUUUACAAUAACAUGAAAGAUCCAGGGAUGCAUGAGAGAGCAUUUUGUAAGUCAUGCUCUUCAGAGAGACUACUCAGGUGAAGAAUUAGAAGGAAAAAUACGGACACUAGUAUUUUUAAAGAGUAAAGGUAUUUUCUUUUUAAAUAUCUUUGAUAACUGAAAAAUAAUUGAAGAAACUAGAGGUUAAGAUGUUUUUAGAUAGAAGUUUUCAUACAGUUUCAGCUCCAUGCAUUUAUAUUUUUCUGAAAAGCAAGUGAGUGUCGAGGCAUGACUCCCUCAGUUCUGUCGGAGCAGCUGCGUGAGAACUGUUUGUCUCACCAAGUGAGGGGGUCGGAGAGGAACGAUGGCUCCACGGACCAGAGAAUCGGUGCUAAUUAUGACUUACUUGGCAGGGUCAGCAUGCUCUGCUAUUUCCUAGACAGUUAUAGUUAGCAGGCUUGAAAAACUUAACAGUCAAGUUGGCUUGGAUUAGGAGAUAAAGGUGUGUUCCAGGUGCAGAAGGAAAAUCUGAGGCCUUAUUUGGAACCUCACCAAGUCUUUCCAUUUUGUUUUUCUUUGAGAGUUGGCAGUUUUAAUAACAUGUAGGUUUGAAUCAGUCAUACAUUUGUAUAGUUAACUUGGUUAAUUAGGAUUUGGUUAUGUUAGGGUGACUCUUGAACAGAAACCCGUUUUUGAGGUCCCUGGAAUUGGCUGUUGGCACAUGUAUCUGACGCAUCAAGGGGGAUUUAGUAAUUUUCUCACUUGAUAGCUGCCUUGCCACCUUGUUAUGGUGCUCCAUCCCUUUUGUGCCCUUAGGUUUUUAUCUUCCAUCUUUCUCUUUGCCAUCAAUAUUUGUAUUCAAAAGUUAUAUUUUUAGUGUUAGAAAUCUAAAUAUUUGGUGUUUGGCAAGCCUCUGAAGUGCUACAUUAAUUUAGUCUAGUUCUAAAUUAAGUGCUUUAGGCUAAUAUGAAAUGUAGCCUAAAUGCCAGUCAAACCAAGACGUGGGUUUCCCUAGCCUAUCCCAUAGGGAAUUCCUGUGUCCUCUUGGCUCCCAUAAUGUGCUUUUUUUUUUUUUUUCCUUUAAAAAAAAAUGUAAUAUUCUGUGAUUCAUUGCCCUGCUAUUCUUGAAAGCUCUGUCUGUUUUUUUGUGAGAAUCUUGAAAAUCUCCCUUUUUAUUUUCCCCAGAUAUACUGUAAAACACUCAAACUAGAAAUUUAUUCAUUUUAAAACAUCCUAUACAAUUGAUUCAGAAAAUAUAAAUAAUUGGGUCAUUUAACUAUAUUUUUUUAAAUAAACUGAAAGAUAAAGAACACAACACUUUACACACUUUAUAUUUCUCUUUACGUAACCUGGAACCAUACACAGUUGUUUUCUUUUUAAAGCACAAUAUUGAAGCCUUUAAAAGGUAUUUAAGGGUUUGGUCAAUUGAAUAUAAAAUGUAUUUGUCUGUAUAAAGAGAAAAUUAAAUUGUAGUCACUGUUAUGUACUGACAUUAGUUACAACCUAGUUUUAAUUCUUAAAACAAUUUUGAUUAGCAAAGCUAAACAAAAAUGGGUGUUUCAGUUAAAUGUUUUAAAGAGGUACAGAUUUUUACAAGGACAUAAUAUAAGUUAUUGUUCUGUAGAAAUAUCCUAUUAAAUAUUGUAUGUCCCUCCCUCUGUAUACUUUGUAAAAAAAGUAAAAUACAUAAAAAGAAAAUCAUAUAGGGAUGUGUGACAUUAUUGUAAUUGUGUAUUUGAGAAUGUGCAAAAAUAAAAAUCAAAAUAUUUUCCUGUUAAUGUUCAGUCUGUUUGAUACCAGUACUAAGUUAAUGCUUUUCUUAAGAAAAAUUGUACAGUUUUUGUAAACCUAAUAAACAUCAAAAGCAGUGGAUUAUUUUCA